AUGGCAGGCCCGCAGCUCGCCGCCGCCGCCGCCGCCGCCCGCGCGCCGCCCCAAGGUGACGUCACCGUCACUGUGGAGGCCCCCUCCUUCAGCAGCCGCCGCCUGGUGGCCGCCACCCCGAUUCUGGCGCCACCCGAGCGCGUGUGGGAGGCGCUGACGGACUACGACGGACUGGGCACCUUCAUCCCCAGCCUGGUCGAAAACCGGUGCCUCGAGCGGCGGGAGCGCGGGGCAGUUCUGUACCAGGUCGGCGCUCAGGACGUGGCCCUCGGCGUCAAGUUCCGCGCCGCCUGCACCCUGGAAAUCCGGGAGCACCCCCGCGGCCUCCCGCCGCGGCUGCUCGCGCCGCCCGCGUACCAGCCCCCGGCGCCCUUUGGUUUCAACCUCGGCUUCGUUCCGCCGCCCCUGGCGGCGGCCGGCUCGAGCGCGUACCCCUGGCCGAGCCAGAGUCUGCCGGGGCAGCCUGUCCUUGGCGAUCUCACGUUUGACCUGGUCAAAGGCGACUUCGAGGCGUUCAGGGGCCUGUGGCGCGUGCAGCAGGGCGUGUCGGGGCCGGCGUCGGCGUGGCUGGUGUACUGCCUGCACGUGCGGCCCCAGGCCUGGCUGCCCGUCGGCCUGAUCCAGGACCGCAUCAGCAGGGAGGUGGUGACCAACCUCCGCGCGGUGCGGCGCCACGUUGAGGUGCUCCACCACACGCGGCCGGCGACAGCAGCGGCGGCGGCGGCGGGCCAGCGAUCGCGGCAGACGCAGCAGCCGCAGCAGCAGCCGCAGCAGCGGCCGCGCGGGGUGUCGGGCGCGUGA